AUGAAAGAGUCUCGUGGUCCUAGGGACGCUGCUGGUAAGCCGUUCCAACUCUUGAACAGUAUAAUUACUGGUGAUGAUAUUACACCACUACCUCGUGGAGGUAACAACAAUAGUAAUAAUAAUGAUGACCAAAAUCAAAUUCAAGAGGAAGGAUCUUUGAAUAGACGUGAUUCAUCAUCUUCAUCGGAAACUGAUGCAGGUGGUGAAACUACUCCGGAUCCCGAUUUACUCUUUUCUCCCUUGAACGCUGGAUUCGAUGACGGGGAUGAAGAGGACGAAUACGAUCAUGACUUUCUGUCACCUGUGUAUUUUGGAGCACCAUACCCUAAAAGAUUUCAUCGUCGCAGCAGUUUGACCCAUGUACAACCUGAUCGUAGGAAUAGCCUUUUGUCGUCAUCAUCAUCAUUGUCAUAUCACCCGUUAGGUGAAUUUUUGAUCAAUGCAAAGAAUGAUGAUUUCUGGAAGGAAGUUGGUGCAACUGACGAAGAAGCUAUUUGUUUCCCGCAGGUUGAGAACCAGAAUCCUCCAGCUACGACAACCGAGUCUUCUCAGGAACUUGGUUCUUCUUCGCAAGAGUCGCAAGAAGAUUUGACUCAGUUCAUUUCGGAGGAUUUGGGCUCUGCUCAGCCUGUGGAUUCGUCUAGUUGGGAUCAGGAUUGUAGGAUCAAAUUGUUGUGUUACAGAGAUGCUGAAGGUAAAUUAAGGCUUCGUAAUGCGAACAGUAGUGAUAGUGGUAGUGGUCGUGUUCAUAAGAAGAGCAAGAAAUUGCUUAAAAGAGCCAUUCGUCGUAAGAGCGGUGUACGUGAAAUGGUUUCGACUGGCAUUGGUAUUGGUGAGUUCAUGCUUUAA